AACAUUUGAUUGUUCGUUGAUUGGUUGGUUGAUAAUAAGCUACAAUGCUACUUAACUCUCUCUAUAUAAUACCAAUAAGUUUAGCACAAAUCUGAGUACAAAAAUAUAUUUUUCCUUCUAGAGUCUUUCUAAGGGUGAAACAAAUAUGGCAGUAUCUGCAGUUGAAAAGAUAGAAAUGGAUGUGCCUAUUAAGGCCACUCCUCAACAAUUCUAUGAAGUUUUGUGCAACAAGACACACCAUAUUUCCAAUGUUUGCCCUGAUAUAGUAAAGGGUGUUGACCUUCAUGAAGGUGAUUGGGGCACAGAGGGAUCCAUUAUAUCCUGGAAUUUUGUUUUAGCUGGAAAAACUUGUGUUUCUAAGCAAAGGAUUGAAGACAUAGACAAAGAAAACAAGAAAAUAACAUACAAAGUUUUGAGUGGAGACUUAUUGGAAGAUUACAAGAGCUUCAAAUUCAUAAUGCAAAUUGUUCCACAAAGAGAAGGAAGUGUAGUGCAUUGGAUUGUUGAAUAUGAGAAGCUCAAUAACAAUGUCCCUAAUCCUCACUCCAUGUUCCAUUUGUCUGUGGAGGUUCUCAAAUAUAUUGAUGCUCACCUUGCACCUGAGGACAAGAAGUAAAAAAAAUUAUUAAUAUGAACAAAAAGCUCAUGUCCUAUGUUAGUUUGAUUUCUAUAUCUAUGUGUGACUAAUAAAUGAGGAUUUAAUUAAUUUCCUCUGUAUUUUAAAUUAUGCAUAUAUAUGGUUUGUUUGUUCAUAUGGUUUUCUCAUGAGCUGGGGUUUUUCUUGUCCACCUUCAUUGGGUUGUAAAGCAUAUAAAUUCGUGAGACUUAAAAGUUGCCAUUGAUAUAUUGUGGACAACUUAUCCAAUAUGAUUUGACACCAAUUUAUUAUCUAUGUGAAACAUUAAAUGUGAGAGUA